AUCUAAAAAUGGCGGGUAUGGCUGCCGGUAGCUCCGAUGUUCCAGUUGAUCAUCUGGACUACGGGCACAUUGGGAAGCUGUCCAAUACGUCAGAGCUGGAGAAGAUACUCAAGGUUUUAAGGUCUAGAUCUGAAGGAUAUUAUCCAGAUCUCAUCAAGUUUACGGAGGAUAGACUCAGAACUUUAAAACCCAGCAGUAAGUUACUGAUAGAAGAUCAGAAGGUGAAGAGAGCUAAGGAACUCUCGAAAGAACAAUUGAAUGAAAUAAGAAGUGACAUGAAGCAAUGGGAAGAGGACAUGACGGAAAAGGACAGGCACUUGUCCUCCUCUUCUGCUACUCAUGAUGAUGAUGAGUCCCAUAUAUUGCCGCCGGUUAGGACUACUGUGAACAUAAACCCUCAGAGUAAAGCAAAGAGUACCAAGAAGGAGCCUAACCCUAGUCGUAUAAAAUCAUCGGACUACAGCUCUUGGGAUAAAUUUGAACCCGAUAAAGUGGAAGAGAAAGUCGUUGAAGACAAGACAACAAGUACUGGAUCUUCUUGUAAAGUCCCACCAGAAAAACUAUCGGCCAAAGAAUUGUCAUUGAGUGAGCAUGAAAAAGAACGUCAAGCUGACAAAGAGAGAGAAAAAGGAAAUGAGGCAUUCCGUGCUGGUGACUAUAAAGAAGCUCUGGUCUAUUACUCUCGUAGCAUCAGCUUCUGUCCUUCUCCUCCAGCGUAUAACAAUAAAGCUCUGACUCUUAAUAAGUUAGGACGAUACAGUGAAUCCGUGGGAAGCUGCAACGAAGUCCUUAAAGUUGAGCCUAACAAUAUUAAAGCUCUGUUAAGAAGAGCCGACGCCUACUGCUCAUUAAAACAAUAUGAACAGUCAGUAUCAGACAUAGAGUCUGUUCUAAAAAUAGAACCAGCUAAUAAAAGAGCUACUGAGCUACUGAAGAAGGUUAACGGAGAAAUGGGCAGAGCCAAGGGCGUGACCGAUGAGAAUGGGGGCGGGGCUAAAGGUGGGGCCAAGAAAGGAAAAAGAAUCACUAUUGAAGAAGUUGACGGGACUAAUGAAGAGAGUAAAGGGGAGGAGCCUGUUGCCAAGACAACAAAGGAAGAAGUUGUGGAAAUUGAAUCAAAGCCACGCCCACCUGUUGUUCAGGCUCCACUCCCCCCAGCUGUACAGAAGAAGAAGGAAGAAGGAAACUCGUUUUUUAAACGCGGACAAUAUGGAGAUGCUGUUGGUUGCUAUACGAAAUGCAUUCAAUUACUAGAGAAAGAGUCAGGUGAUCACUCUCAAUCCUUAUCGAUCGUCCUUAGCAACCGAGCUGCCUGUCAUUUUAAAAAUGGUGACUGCCGUGGUUGUAUCAAUGAUGCUACUCGCUCCAUUGAACUGGUCCCUGUCAAUUUGAAGAGUUUUGUGAGGCGAGCUCAAGCUUACGAAACAAUGGAGAAAUAUAAGGAAGCUUAUUGUGAUUAUCAGCUAGCUUUAAGAAUUGAUUCACGUGUUGAUCAAGCUCGAUUAGCAUCAUCGAGAAUUUCUUUGUUGCUUCGUGACGCCCACGGUAAUAAUUGGCGCGACUUUCUACCAGCAAACUCCGAUAUUGACAGAGUUAAAGCCGGACUUGCUGAAAUGAGCCCUCAAGCUACUCCGCCCACACCUCAAGCAACUCCGCCCAAACCAGAAGAAAAAGGUGGAGCCCCCCUACCUCCUAAUACUCCGGUGGUAAUGUCGACAGUUUCAAGUGGCAGUGAUACAAGUCCAUCACAAUCAACUUCAGCUCCUGUCCAGUCGUCCUCCACUGGUAGCAAUACUACUGCCACUAAUGCUAGCAGUGCAAUGGAUAGAAAGAAAGACUUUGAAGAUUCUAAGAGCAAAGGAAAUGAGUUUGUUAAGCAGACUAACUACCAGGCAGCAGUUGAAUGCUAUACUCACUGUGUUUCAUUGCAGCCUCAUGAAGUGGCACCAUAUACCAAUAGGGCACUCUGUCACCUUAAGCUAAGUCAGUUUUCUUUAGCUGAGGAUGAUUGCAGUAAAGCUUUAGCCCUAGACAACACUAAUCCCAAAGCCUUGUAUCGCCGGGCCCUAGCAAGAAAGGGCCUUGGUAAAUUGAAUGAGGCACUGAAGGACCUGAGAACAUUAAUAGGACAGGAACCAGAUAAUGGGGCCGCUAAAAAGGAAGAGAAACUAGUAUAUGACCUGUACCUCCAAGAGCUGAGAAAGUUACAGGAAACCCCUUCCUCUUCUUCUGAUACUGGUGGUCUAUCCGGUCAAUCCUCAAAAAAGUCGUCAGGUAAAAAAUCCAAGCCAGCUGCCACGCCUUCUGCCACUCCCCCUGCUGCUAAGCAACCGACGAGCAAGUCAAAAAGGAAGAAGGUUACGAUUGAUGAAGUGGUAGAGCCUGAAGUGACAGAGGACAAAGGAGAUGAGAGGGAAGUGGGUGAAAUUAAGGAGAAAUUGUCAGACAUAAAACAAGUCAAGCUAAGUUUAAUGGAGUAUAGGCAGCUAUGGAACACCACUGCCACCUCCUCUGCUACUACUCCUCGUCAAUAUGCCGAAUUACUUAUUAGAAUACCCUCAGAUAUUCUACCUCAAGUUAUUGGCUCUAAGUUGGAGGGAUUUAAUUUGACUGGGAUUGUAUCUGCUGUCGAACAAUACAUAAUGAAAGAAUGUUUGUAUAAAGUUGCAUAUGAUGUAUUGCUCUCACUGACUACUGUACCACGUUUCAAAAUGAUACUAAUGUUUCUAUCAGAGACUGACAAGCAAUGUUUAAGAAGAAUAUUCUCAAGUCUUGAAGGGACAGGAAGUUACAAUUAUGAACAAAUUAAUAAAUUGAGACAUUCCUAUUCUUUGCUCUGAUUGUAUAAAUAGCAUGCCUUGUACACUUACUUGUCCAUUAAAAGUUAUUAAGUUA